AUUUUUGGACAAAAAUAAAGAUACAGUUUUUGAAGAUCAAGUUAAUGUAUUAAGAAAUGGGAAAAAUGCUUUGUUAAGUAAAAUGUUUUUCGUAGAAAAUUAAAAAGGUUCAGCUACACAUUCUAAACAAAAUAAGGAAACUGUUGGUUCACAGUUUAGAAAUUCACUUAAUGCCCUCAUGACAACCCUUAAUGAUACUACCCCACAUUAUAUAAGGUGUGUUAAACCAAAUGAUAACAAGUUACCAUUUGUGUUUGACAAUCAACGAGCUGUUUAUCAAUUGCGAGCUUGUUGUGUGUUAGAAACAAUCCGCAUUAGUGCUGAUGGCUUUCCUUCUAGAUGGACCUAUGUAGAUUUCUUCUUAAGAUAUCGCGUAUUAUUGGAAUCAAAGAAAAUUAAUAGAAAUUAUCCUAAAUUAACUUGUCAGCAAAUUAUUGAAGAACAUAUUGAAGUAUAUUAUCUAAUAAAGAAAACUAUAAGUUUGGCAAUACAAAAAUAUUCUUCAGAGCUAGUCAAGUUGCAUACUUAGAAAGAAAACGGGCUGAUAUACGUAAAGAUUGCAGCAUACUUAUUCAAAAAACUUGGCGAAAAUACAUAUGCCAAAAAAAUUACAUACAAAUUCUAAAACAUAAAGAAGACGCCCAAAACAAUUCUGUAAGUAAUUAUUUUAGCAUUGUUAUACUAUGCAAUGUAUUAGGGGUGAGUGGGGCAGAUUUGAAUGCGGGGUACAUUUGAAUUUGUCUAAUAUAAUUUGUUACAGAUUAUUUAAAUUAAUAAAAAUAAUAAAAUAAUAAUAAUAAGUUGGUUUUGUAUACCAUAUGUG